AUGUAUUUGGUCAUCACACUUUUAUUGAUUACUAUAUCUGCUUAUUUGUUAUCAGAAGAUGCAUUAUCAAUUUUCGAUUGCUGUUCAAAGAAUACAGAUACCAGCGAUGGGCUUCAAAACAAUCUAUUAUAUAAUAAAACAUUUAACAUUGCUAAUUUUUCAUCGUGUCCUGAUUAUGCUAGAAACAGUCCAUUCAAUGCUCUUAGCGAGGCUCAUGUCAAAGAAGCUGUAUCGAGAAAAGUACAGUUGCGAUGGAAGAGAUUUGUUUCGUCUGUAUCUCCUUAUCCUGAGAACAAAUUUUCUGGAAGAGGCAUUGUCUCAUCGACUUCUUCUGGUUUGAAUGGAUGUCGGCGAUUACUUGCAUCAUUGCAGUUGCUACGAUGGUUAAAUUGCACUUUACCCGUUGAGGUUUAUGCGUAUGCGAAUGAAUUAGAAAUGCACGAGAUCAGAAACUUGAAGGCUAUUCAAAAUGUGACUCUUCAUAUAAUAAAAGAUAAAGUGAUUCUCAAAAAUCGAAAAAAAUCUCGAUUCGUUAUAAAACCAUUCUCCAUUUUACAAUCUAGCUUUGAGCAUGUACUAUGGAUGGAUUCUGAUAACAUCGCCGUAAAUAAUCCAGAAUAUCUUUUCGAUCUUCCACAUUAUAAAAAUUCGACGGCUAUAUUUUGGCCUGAUUUUUGGAAAACAUCAGGAAGAAAUCCUAUAUGGAGAAUGAUGAAUAUUAGAUGUAGAGAAGAAGAUUAUGAGCAAGAGUCUGGUCAACUUGUUAUUAAUAAACGUUUGGCAUGGAAGGCUCUAAACUUGGCACUGUAUUUAAACUCUGAUAAUGAUAUAAUAAAACUUAUUCAUGGAGAUAAAGACACCUUCAGAUUAGCAUGGAGAAGUAUUAACGUUUCUUACUUCUUUAUUAGAACACAUCUUGCCAUUGGUGGAUUUGAUUUAGCUGUUGCAGAAAAAUCAGGAGCAACGAGCAACGAACGAACCUUUUGUGGUCAUACUAUGGUACAGCAUGAUCCACUUGGAAAAGUUCUAUUCUUACAUACAAAUCUCGUGAAGCAAUAUCCUGCGAUUCAAGGUCUUAUUGAAAAGAAUCAAACUAUUAAGCAGAACAAAAUAAACCCAUGGCGUGUAUACAUCGGUUAUACAAAUACAAUUCCUAACAUGGAUGCUGUUGUCUUUUUCUAUAACCUAUAUGUCUGCACUACAUUUACCAACAGAGGAAAUAGCACUUGGUCACCACUGGUUGAACAAGAUUUUUACAAUCUGGUACCGGUCUCGAUCACAGAAAAAUACUUAUCAUACCUACAUGGUAAUCUAAUCAAGUCAAAUAAGUUUAGAAAAAUAAGAAUCAUUGAUCGGCAUUGGCAAAAAAAUUGA